AUGAGAAAGAAUUUCGUAACAGCUCUCUUUUUGAUACAUUUUUCCAAAUGUGUCAAACUUCCCCCAAGUUUCAAAAAAUGUGACUUGAGAGACAAUAACUACAACGAAUGUUUGGGGAAAGCGGUCCAAAAUGCCAUCGAGCAGUUGACCAGUCCCAUGGAGGCCGUUGGUUUACCCGAUUUGGAACCACUCGAAGUCCCAUCGAUGGUCAUAGGAGCUGGUAGUGGAGCUGUUCAAUUCCAACAAAACUAUUUCGAUAUCAAAAUCGGUGGUUUGACGAAAAUUGACUCACUUCAAGUCAAUUUUGAUUUGGUGGAAAAACGCCUAACUUUGGACUUGCACUAUUCCCAAGUCAAAAUGGAGUUUCAUUAUGAAAUCAACGGGAAAAUGUUGUUGUUGCCGAUUUAUGGCAAAGGGCCAGGUUUUAUACACUUUUUAGGACGUCCUAGAUUCGUCUUCAAUUUCGAGUUACAAGAGUACCAGAAAAACAAGAAAAAAUAUUUCAAAGUGAACAACACAAGCUUAUUAAUGGAACCACAACUGAUCAAAUUUCAUCUGGAGAAUUUAUUCAAUGGUGAUAAGACUUUGGGCGAUAAUGUGGUCCAAGUCAUGAAUGACAAUUGGAGGGAAGUCUUCAAUGAUGUUAGAGGAAGCUACGAGGAGGCUUUUAGUCAAAUCUUUGGCGCUAUUUUUAACAAUCUCUUAAAUAAAAUACCAAUUGUUGAGCUGUUUGACGGUUGGGGUCUGUAA